AUGACCAACCAAAAGAGGACGAGAGUUUGUUCAAAUCCAAAUACGAAAAGGAACAUCAGCGAGUUGCCUGACGAAUUGGUCUUGAAGAUAUUGUCAUUCCUUUCGACAAAACAUGCUGUGGCGACAAGUCUCUUGUCAAAAAGAUGGAAAUCUGUCUGGACAAUGGUGCCGAGACUCAAGUACGAAGUUAAGGGUAACAGUUAUCGAUCCGAACGGUUUCUUGACGAGUCAUUGUUUGCACAUCAAUCUCACUUUCUAGAAAGCAUUUCUCUCACGAUAGAUGCAUAUAAAGACAUUGGACCAUGGAUUAGAACCGCUCUUCAUCAUCAUCAUUGUCAUCUCCGCGAGAUCAAGAUAGAUGCUAAUUAUAUUGCCAGAACCAAGUUACCUCCUGAAAUGUUUACGUGCAAAACACUUGUUGUCUUGAAACUCAAAGGUAUAGUGAUGGAUGUCGUGGAACCUCUUACAACGGUCUGUCUCCCAUCCCUAGAAACUCUCCACGUUGUCAGCUCCUCGAGACUAUUCGACUCUGGAUCCCUUCGAAUGCUUUUAUCCAGUUGCAACGUUCUCACUGACCUCAUUAUCAUAAGCAAAUCAACAUUCUAUGAUGAUGAUGUUUUCGAUGUCUCUUGGUGCAAAACACUUGUGUCCCUGAAGCUCGAAGGUUUCAAGGAUGUGAUCAUGAGCAGGAGCAAUCGCAUUUCUUCUCCCGAGGCACCAACACCAUCAUCUCUCCCAUUCCUCAAAACUCUUCAUGCUUCUCGCAUGGUGAACUCCAAAAAAGAUUCCUUUCGUCGGCUUUUGUCCAAUUGCCCUCUUCUUUCCGACCUAGCAUUGGAAGAAAAAACCAGCCGUGUUUUGCUGAAUUCGGAUAUCGCAAUGCCUUGCUUACAAAGAUUGUCGAUUAUAACCAAAGUGAAAGACUCCACACACUUGUGUAAAUUACUGAAUAGUUACAUUUCAAAGCUUGCAACCAUCGCACCUUCUUUCAAGUACUUCGACAUUCAUGAGCUGUUGUUUGAUACGCGUACCUGCUUUUGUGCGAGGGUUAGACUCACAAGAGAUCCAUCGACGUUAGAGGAUGCACGUAUCUUCCUUCGGAUUGUACAUCUAGAGAUGUGCAUACGGAGUGAAAGAUCUGGGAAAAUGCUUGUACAUUUGCUCCAAUGUUUCAUUAACUUGAAGGUUCUCAAGCUUAUUAAACAUGUUUACGAACAAGGUUUUUUGUAUGUCUGGGAGCCGCCGAGAUCUGUUCCUGAAUGUUUGUUGUCCAGUCUUGAAGUGUUAGAGUGGAGAGGAUACACAGGAGUAUACGGAGAUAGAGAGCUGGUGAGUUAUCUCCUGAAUCAUGCGCUGUGUUUGAAAACGGCGAAAAUCUCCUCUGAGCCAUAUGUCGUGGGAAACAAGCAACAGACCUUGAAGGACUUAGCUGCUAUGUCCAGAGGUUCCAAGCCAUGUGAGCUUGUGCUCAAUUAA